AUGGUUACUAAUCAAGCUUUUGGCGACGUGACAACUAUCCAGGAGGGAUGGGAUAGACUCAUUAAAGAAUUGGAGGUUGAAACUAAGCGUGUCAAGGAAUUGGGCACUAAUGCAAUCACAAUUGUCGACUUCAGUGAUAUAAAACAAUCGAGUGAUGGACAUUAUUAUUUUGACGAGUCCAUCAUAUCUAAAGUUCGUGAUGCUGGUUCCUUGGUUGUGAGAAACGUUAUCCCCAAGGAUGAAGCUAGGCAAUUGAAGUAUGAGCUGGAUAAAUACAUUGACAAGUAUCCCAAUAAGCGUGAUACCAAUAAAUCAAUGUACCAUUACUUCUGGACACCAAGUCAAUUGAAGGCCAGGUCCCAUCCUAAUAUGCAAAUACUGCAGCAGGCAUUGAUGAGUAUUUGGCACUCUUCUACUUCAGGUGACAUGGAAGUAUGUACAAGAUAUCCUUUAGCGUUUGGAGACAGGUUCAGAAUCAGACCAUCUGGAGAAAAGAUGUACCUAGGACCUCAUGUUGAUGGUGGCUUUAUUGGAACUGGCGAUAAUAAAGAAGAGUUCAGUCGAGUCUUUUCUAAGAUUGUGAAAGAAGGAAACUGGGAGGACUAUGAUCCUUUCGAUUUUACUUUCAGAUUGAACGCUCUGUACAAUGAAGAGGCUAGCAAAACCGGAUAUGGUAAUGCUGCUUUUAGAAUGUUUCAAGGAUGGCUUUCCAUGUCUUCUACUGGACCGGGAGGUGGCACCUUGCAAGUCAAUCCCAUGUUGAAGCAUGCUUCUGCUUAUGCCACCUUGCGUCCUUACUUCUCGUCAAAGGGUUACUCUGGUGGUCCCGAUGGAGAUGAUCCAUCUGUUCCUUGGGUUUUUACUGGAAAAGAUGUGUUCGGUGGACAACCAAGUAGGAAGGACAUGGAUAAAACACAUCCUCACCUGCGUCUCCAUGAUACAAUGGUUUCAGUACCUCACGUUGAACCUGGUGAUUAUGUUGCUUGGCACUGCGAUACAAUUCAUGCCGUCGAACUUGAUAACAAUUCCGAAACUGACGCAUCAGUCUUGUAUAUCCCUGCUGUUCCCUUGACUGAAGACAAUUUAUAUUAUCUUUCUGAGCAGCGAGCUGCGUUCAAGAGACUUGGAACUACUAAGAUAUUCCAACCAGACACUGGUGAGGACAAACAUAGUUGUGCAGGGUCCACUCGAGAUAUUAUUGGCGAAAACGGAUUGCGCUCAAUGGGUCUUGGAACUAAGAAAUUUGAACUGGUUAAUGGUAUGACAGAGGGAGAAAAGAAGAUAAUCAAUCGCGCCAAUGCUUUGCUAUUUGCCUAA